AUGGAAGGCCGCUGCCAAUGCGGUGCCGUUCGCUUCCGUACACCUCAAGAAAAGCCCAUAAAGUGGUACAUCUGUCACUGCCACGAAUGCCGCCGCCAAAGUGCAAGCGCCUUUGGCAUCUCAGCCAUUUUUCCAAAUUUCGACCUCCUUUCUCAGACUUCAGCAACGGCGGACCCGGAACAGAAGUCGGCUCCGGAAGGCGGGGGUUCAAGCGAGGAGAACGAAUUGAUCGGAAUUUAUGAGCAUUCCAGAACGACCUCUGGCCGUCCAAAGAGGUGCUACUACUGCAAACGAUGCGGAACGCGGAUCAUGAAUGUCAGCGUUGCUCCUUCGGGCAAUCCGAGCUACGUCGCUGUGAAAGGGGGAUGUCUGGAGGGGAUUGACGGAGAUAUUUUCAGCACAGCCACGCAUAUCUGGACCAAGAGCGCUUUGGUGCCCAUUCCAGAGGGCGCCGAGUCGUACCCUGAAGAGCCUCCA